AUGAAUGGAAAAAUUUCCAUCACACGAACACAAUUUUUUAUUCCUUUGAUCGUGUUAGAAAGCAAAAAACAAAUUUUAAUUCAAUUUGUUUUUUCUCACAUCGCUUUUGAUAAAUGGUCAAGUAUUGCUUACCACUUCAAGCCCACAAAAACUCACUCAAGCCUUUUAAGCAACUUCAUUUUGACCCACAUUGACACAGACGAAAACAGAAAAAUUGCAACAAUUGAGUUGAACGAAACAACUCAGCUCGCAGCUCUUAGUGGUAUGAUUGAGAAAACUCAACUCUUACUCAUAAUUAAUGAGCUUUCAGAGCAGAGAAAAGAAAGAAAUAAAAAAGUUUCACUUUUCACUCGUCAAAUAUCUUUGGUCAAAAAUUUAGGCGAGGAGGAAGUUCAAACUUCUCCGUUCCAAAAAAAAAACUAA